AUGGACGUUCACGAAAAUAUAGCUACCAACAUCGUCACCGCUAUCCUCGAAUUACCCGGUCUCGAUAGAGAUGACAUACACAUUGACUGGCAUGAUGGUUGGAUUAGGACCUGGGCAGAGAUUCCGGAACGGGACGCGAGUGGCUUCACCGUUUGUGAGCGCAACGUCGGCAUGGUCAGCAGGAAGUUAAGGGCCCCUCGUGGAAUCAAGGAAGAAGACAUCAAAGCUUCUCUCAAGAAUGGUCUGUUAACGUUGACGUUCCCAAGGGCACCAGAGACGGUGCCAAAGAGAAUUGUGAUUUCAUGA